CAGAUCGCAAUAAAAACUUCCGGUUUAGUUUCCCAGCUGGGUGUGAUGAUUCAAAGAUUCUUGAUUAUGACACCCACGUCUAUAAAUAUAAACUGACACCCCAAAGUGAAAGGAAAAAUGGCAACCCCAGAAAUAAAGAAGAAAGCAGACCUUAAGGUUAUCAUCCUUGGAGAAUACAGUGUUGGAAAGACCUGUUUUGUUAACCGUUAUAUAGAAGGGAAGUUUGGUAAAACAGAAGCGACCAUUGGAGCAGCUUUCUUUUUAAAACAAUGGGGACCAUAUAAUGUUGCUGUUUGGGACACUGCUGGAGAUGAGAGAUUCUCUGGGCUAUCAUCAUUUUAUUGUAGAAAUGCUGGGGCAGCUAUCCUGGCAUUUGACUUAUGUAUUGAAAACACCUUUGAAACUCUAAAAUCCAGAUUUGUGCCCCUUGUUGAUCAAGCAACAGAAGAUAAUUGUUUGAAAGUUAUCGUAGGAACUAAAUUAGACUUACUAGAACCUAGUAAACGUAAGGUAACAGUUGACGAAGCCAGACAAUAUGCAAGGGAGAUAAAUCCUAAUAUUGAGUACGCCAAAUUAAAACACGAUCCAUAUUUCGAAACCUCUAGUCUUAAAGGAAUAAAUGUGGACGAGGUGUUUGAAUAUAUUUUUGGACAUUGCCUGCCAUUGUCAGAUGUAGAACGUAUAAAAAUGAAAAAUAAAAAUCGUGGGACGGUAGACUUGGGGGAAAGUACAGCAAUGACACCAGAGAAAAAAGGAAGAUGUUGUUGAUAUUUAUAUAUUUUGUCUGUGUUAUGCAUUUAUUAUGUAAAGUAAAGAUAUUGUGGAUUAGUUAUUUUUAGUUGGAUACCAAUUUGGUGGAUUUGAUGGGUACAAGUGUCAGAACCAAGAAUGUAAAUUUUAUUUAUGGCUUAACAGCCUCUGGCAAACAAUUAAGUAUUCACUAUUCCUUUAACAUUUAAGAUAUCCUUAAUCAAGGAUAUAAUUGGUACUUAAGAAAAUACAAGAAUCCACAAUAUAUCGUUAUCUGUAUUAAGGACCAAAAAGUCACAGGGUUCUCUCAGUAUUUUCAUUUAACACAAUGUAUUUAAAAUAGCACUUUUUUCUAUAAAUUUAUAUCACCCCAUUUAUAGUAAAGUUCAUUGUUCAAUAAAAUGUGCCUUUCAAGUUUUUUGGAAAGGGUCAAAGUGGAUAUUUUAUGAAAGUUUUAUGAAAAUUAAAUGGGUUCAAUUAAUUUUGGUCAAGGUGUUUGGUACCACUUUAAGAAAAUGUUUUAAAUGUUAAAAUGUGUACAAACAAUGUAUAUUUUAUCCUUAUUCAGAAGUAUACCUGGUUUAUUUAUGUCAACAUUUAUGUACACCUUAAAAAAAGGUUUUAAAUGUAAACAUUUGUACAAUACAAUUUAUAUUUCAUCCUAAUUCAGAAGUAUACCUGGUCUAUUUAUCACAUAUUUAUGUCAACAUGUAUGUACACCUUUAAAAAAGGUUUUAACUGUAAACAUUUGUACAAUACAAUUUAUAUUUCAUCCUUAUUCAGGAGUAUGCCUGGUUUAUUCACUGUACAAAAGCAUCAUUUCAAAUAUCAGGUAGUUAAAAUUUAAAUCAUCUUUUACUUCUAAACUUUACCUUUUUUGGGGAAAGGUUAAAACUGCCUCUUCGUGUAGCGAUUUCAUUAUUUUCUAGACUUGUGAUUAAAACACAGAUACAUUGUAAUCAUGGUAAUGGCAUAUUUCUGGUAGAAGACCAUAUGUUGACUGUUAAGAUUUUACAUUCCUGAUUUUAAAAUUCUUGAUAUCAAUGGUAUUGCUGGGAGAUACCUGUACUAUAACAAACAUGUGACCUAUAAUGGGAUAUUGUUAUGUUUAUAAAUUUACUGUUUACAAAUUUUUGAAUUUUUUGAAAUACUAAGGCUGUUCAACCUCAGGCAUAGAUUACCUUAACUGUUUUUGGCAACACUUUUAGGAAUUUUGGUCCUCAAUGCUUUUCAACUUCGUACUUUAUUUGGCCUUUUUAACUUUUUUGGAUUCGAGCGUCACUGAUGAGUCUUUUGUAAACGAAAUGCACAUCUGGCGUAUACUGAAUUUAGUCCUGGUAUCUAUGAUGAGUUUAUUUACUUUAACAAAUUAUGACGUGAAUGGAGAGUUGUGUCAUCUGCACUGAUACCACCUCUUCUUAUAAUAAGAAUUGAAUAUUAUUUUUUAAAUUUACAUUGUCAUUGGAUUACUUUGUGUGGUAAUCACUCAUUUUGAACAUUUUUUGUCACAUUUAAUUCUUUUAUUCCAAUUGUCAUAGACUAAAUUUUGUUAGUCUAUUAUAUUUUUAUUUGUUAUCAGUGUUAUGGUGCAUAGUAGCUUAUGGAUGGUUUUCUAUCCAAUAUUGCAUAUUUUGAUUUUUUCUUAUUUUACUGAUAGACUUAUUUGUUUAGAUGCAGUCAAGGGUAAACUAAUUUUAGACUACAAAUAACUUUGACAUGUUUGAUAAACCUUUUUUGAGUGUCAUGUGACCUUUAUGACCGUGAAAGAUCAAGAAAUACUGUAAACUCAUUAAUUUUUGCAAUAUUGAGAAAAAUCCUGUUUUAUUCAUAUCCAAAAAUUUCAAAUGCCUGUUCAAGUUAUUGCAAUAAUAACCCUUUCACAUUUUUUUGCAAUAAUAAAAAUAUUUCAAUAUUUUUCUGAAUUUACAU